ACUCUCGCUGCCUUACUUAAAAACAACUAAACCCAGCAAAUUACGCUGCACUGUACGGAGGAUCCUCACAACAGUUAAGCGGAGUAGUAGAAGAGCUAGCAAACGCACGUAUAUACGAGCAGAGGCCGUCCGGGAUCGAUAAUCGAUGGCGAAGAGCGGGACGGAGGAGUGGCGGCGCAACGCGGACACGCACAAGAUGAGCCCGGAGGAGGUGAGGGCGGCGGGCGUGGAGGCGUCCAUGCGCCCGCCGGGCCGGGCCGGCGGCGGCGGCGGCCCAGGGGAGGUCCUGCACCAGCGCGGCGGCAGGCUGCCGUAUGGGCCGGGCACCAUGGCCCUGCUCGGGUUCGGCAUCGUCGGCGUCAUCGGCUACAUGGUGCUGUACCAGAAGGCCAGGCCCGGCACACCGGCCACCGAGGUCGCCAAGGUGGCCGUCGGCCAUGGCGACCCUGCCAUAGCCCGCCGCGACGAUGCGGCCGCCGAGAAGCGACAAGACGCGCCGCCGCCGCCGCCGCCACGCCAAGGGAAGUAGGGAGCUCUCUAGCUAGUCGAUUAGUAAGUUGGUUAGCUGAAUAAAAUAAAAACGCGGUGCUAAAAGGGUUGGAAGGGUUUGUGCUGCUGCUCGAUCUUGUUUCGAGUUCAAACUCUGUUUUAUGCUUCGUCUUUUUGCUUCAAAGCUUGGUCGCGUUUUGCGGUGGAUCAAGCACGGAUGCGUCGUGCGAUUUUCUAUCUGAAAUGACAGCGUAGGAAUAAAUUAUGGUGUUGCUAA